AGAGGUUGUAAAACCAGUAUGGUGACUUCAGUGAAGGACUAUUCAGGAGAGAGUCACAUAUAUACACACACCGUUUGUAACCCCACAGCAGAAUAAACAUGGAGCCAAACAGCAAGUGGUGAGCAGGUGCAAUCGGCAAGCAUCCCACCAGCUAUUUUUUUUUUUUUAGGAUGGAAAACUUUAAGAGACAAUGUGCCAGCCUUACAGGACCCAACUCUUAAAAGAUCCUGAUAUGUUAAGAGUUUCAGCUUUCCAGUACUGAACACCUUACUGGAUCAGGAGCCUGCCUGCUUACCUGGGAUUAAAAGGGACAGCAUUUUACAGAACCUACAGAAAUGGGAGAUCCUUCAUUUAACGCAAUAGGUUAUCCCUUAACCAGGAUACCAAGACCACAGAUCUUGCUUUCCAGACACAUGUUUCCUUUACGGAACAGUUUGACUACCUGCCCAUGCGAGAUGAACCAGCUGCAGACCAGCUCAUGCUCCAAACAAGACCCUAGCCCUCUUUCCAUGAACGACUUCUGGGUGGAGGUAGAACAUAUAAAACAGACACAAGACUCUGAUGGGGAAGAAAACAACUGCUCUGAGCCAAGCACCCCAGAAGAGGGUGAAGCUGAGGAAGAUUGGCUACAGGACACCGGGCUCUCGCCUUUAAUCGGCAACCAAACUACGGAAGAAGAAAAUGUCAUCCUAUUGACCACUCUGACACGAACUCAGACCAUGGCAGUACAAAAACGCCUGGACAGCUACAGCCGAUCUCUCCGUAAACGUACAAAACAUUCAGCCCGUGAUGUUAGAGAUGUAUUUGAUAAAACUAAAACCCGCAUCUCCGACUGUCUUCCAGAUGGGAAUGGGAUUUUUAAGACUGCACCUCCUACUGUCAACGGGAAAACCUCAAAGUCUUCUAACAGCCUUGACAAAGUCUCCGAGACCUCAAAUACAUUUUACACAGACAUGGCUUACUCGGAGCAAGCAGAAGUUGAACUUAAUAUUGAGAACAGGAUGGUUUGGCAACCGGAGAUAUUACCGAAUAUUGAGAUACAGAAGGGACGAUUGGGAGUGACCCGGGUGUCCGACCUGUCCCCUCUUGACAUGAAGCAGGUGCCUGCUCUUGCUCUUAUUGAGGUCACUGCAUUGUUUGACAUCUUGGACUUGGAGUUAAAGAGAAAUAAGACUCCCAAAUGCAAAGCUACUGAGAAUAAGCUAUUUGGAGUUAUGCUUAACAACCUCUUGGAGUAUGACCAGAAACGAUUUCCCCACACUCCUACACCGAUUCCCCUUAUUCUGCAGGAGAUCAUGAAAUGUCUUGAGAAGAAGGGGUUAGAUGUUCAGGGUAUUCUAAGGAUCCCUGGCUCACAGACCCGCAUCAAGUCCUUAAAGCAAUGCUUGGAGCAAAGGUUCUACGAUGGACUGUUUGGCUGGGAUGAUGUGAAUCCACACGAUGCCUCUGGUCUGCUUAAACUCUUCCUGCGUGAACUACCCACACCCCUACUUACCUCUGAAUACCUUCCUGCUUUCACUGCUGUACAGAAGAUCACUGACCUGAAGCAAAGGAUCCAGGCACUGAACCUGCUCACUUUGGUUCUUCCAGAGCCGAACCGCCAAACUCUGAAGGCCCUUCUAGGGUUUCUGCGCAAGGUGGCCUCUCACGAGAAGAGUAACCUCAUGUCUUUGUGGAAUAUCUCCACCAUUAUUGCACCCAACCUUUUCCUAUAUCGAGGGAACAACUCAAAGAAUCCAGAAGGAGGAGAGAAACUGCAAGCAGAGGGAGUUGCAGGAGUGGUGAUGACCAUGGUCCAUUAUCAGGAUCUUCUGUGGACAGUACCCACGUUUCUGGUGUCUCAGGUUCGCAAGUUAAAUGAAAACAGCAGCAAGAGAUAUGGGUUUGGCGACCGCAGAAUACGAAAUUUUUUACGCAAAAUCCACACAGAUAAAGAAAAAAACGAGAAGAAUCAUACAGAGGCUUCUAAACAUGUAAAGGUUGGGUGCUCACUCUUUCUGAAAGAAACACUGCAUGUUGAGCUGAACGAGGGGUUAAAAGCGAAAGAUGUCCUGCAACAAUUUCGAAAACAAGUCACCCAGCAUCUAUGGCAGUGGGUGAAUAGUGCAACUCUAAUGAAAUGUAAUGGUUCUUUUGAGUUCCCUAACUUGGACUUGUAUGAAAUGGGAGGGAAUAUCAGUGAACGGUGCCUGGAUCCUAAUACUUACUUGGUGGACUUACAAAAUGUGAACCCUACUGGAGAAUGGGUAAUAAAGCCUAGGCCUCCUGUUUCCCACAUUUCAUAGCUACGUCAGAUUAUGAAACGCUAUCAGUGUAUUUAUCAUAUGGAUCACCGAACUUUGGAGACAAUCUCUGUGGCUGCCUGGAUGAUAUGGACAUGCCUAACGAAUGCCUACAAUGGCCUAACGAAGAGAUCUCCAGUACGUUGAGAAACUCCUACAGAGAUUAGCCAAGUCCCUGUUUAACGUUCACACAUUGUAAGACAUAAUAGGAUGAACCUGUAUUCUAACUUCAUUACCUCCACAAUAACCUCUUCCGGGGAAUGAUGUUGAUUCAAAAAUGAGCUCCCCCAUAAAGCUUUAGGUUGUCCAACCAAGUCAAUCUCCAAUUGUGUUGGAGUUUUACAUCCAAAAUCUGUAUUAAUAGCUCUUGACCUGGUGUAAACACUCCACAAGCCAAUGUCAACAUAUUUUUAAGAUUUAACGAAUGUCCACGUGCACCACCACAGUGUUAAACGGACCAGAAAGUACAGGAAUAAGAUUCAUCCGUACAAGUGGAUUGUAGAUUGAUGCUGGAUUUGAUGCAAUCAUUACCUCAUCUGUACCACCAGGGGGCCCCUGUACCAUAUUCUACCUUAAUCAGCGUCUUUCCGAGGCUUCAACGUUCAUAUUUUUUUUAGAUGAACUAUACAAAAUUAGGAAAUUAGCUUUUUAACAGACUGACACAGAGGUGUCCCUUUAAAACGUGAAAACUAAUUUUUGUUACUGUAUUUAAUAUUUUUUCAAUAAAAUACAUGAACAUUUAA